GAGAGAGAGAGAGAGAGAGGGAGAGAGAGCGAGGGAGAGAGAGGGAGAGCGCAGGACCUGGCAGAAGAGCAGCGAAAGAAAAGAGGAGAGAAAAACGCAACAACCACUCAAAUGGCACCCAUGGCAAGGAUUUUGUUCACGGUCACCUUUCUCGCUUUUAGGAUUUUUAUAUUUGUUUCACCGGCACGGAUAUACCCGCCAAAUGAAGUCACAUUACUGGACUCCAGAGCUGUACAGGGGGAGCUGGGAUGGGUCGCUAACCCGACAGAAGGAGGGUGGGAAGAAGUGAGCAUUAUGGAUGAGAAGAACAUCCCCAUUCGGACAUACCAGGUGUGCAAUGUAAUGGAGCCCAACCAGAACAACUGGCUUCGCACUGACUGGAUUCCUCGCGGCGGUGCUCAGCGAGUAUACAUUGAGAUCAAGUUCACCCUCCGAGAUUGCAACAGCCUCCCUGGAGUCAUGGGAACUUGUAAGGAAACCUUCAACCUCUACUACUACGAGUCCAACAAUGACAAAGAACGUUACAUUCGUGAAAAUCAGUUUGGCAAGAUCGAUACCAUCGCUGCAGAUGAGAGCUUCACUCAGGUGGACAUUGGCGACCGCAUUAUGAAGUUGAACACGGAGGUGCGUGAUGUAGGCGCCUUAACCCGCAAGGGCUUCUAUUUGGCCUUCCAGGAUGUUGGCGCUUGUAUUGCUCUAGUGUCUGUCCGGGUCUUCUACAAGAAAUGUCCUUUAGCUGUCCGAAACUUGGCUCAGUUUCCUGACACCAUCACCGGAGCAGAUACGUCCUCCCUUGUGGAAGUUCGAGGCUCGUGUGUGGAUAAUUCUGAGGAGAAGGAGGUUCCCAAGAUGUAUUGUGGGGCUGACGGAGAGUGGCUGGUGCCCAUUGGGAAUUGCCUGUGCAAUCCUGGACAUGAGGAGCGCAAUGCCGAAUGUCAAGCCUGUAAGAUUGGAUAUUACCGUGCUUUGGCCACUGAUGGCUCCUGCUCCAAGUGUCCACUCCACAGUUACUCAGUCAGAGAGGGAUCUACCUCCUGCGCCUGUGACAAAGGGUAUUUCCGAUCUGAAACUGACCCAGCCUCCAUGCCCUGCACUCGUCCUCCAACUGCACCACUCCACCUCAUCUCCAAUGUGAAUGAAACCUCUGUAAACCUAGAGUGGAGCCCACCACGUAGCUCAGGAGGACGCCAGGAUCUGACAUACAAUGUUGUAUGUAAGCGCUGUGGGCCCGAUGGUAGACGUUGUCAACCGUGUGGUAACGGCAUCCACUUCAGCCCGCAGCAGCUGAGCCUCAAAGGAACACGGGUGUCCAUUAAUGAGCUGCAGGCCCACACCAACUACACCUUUGAAGUCUGGGCUGUAAACGGUGUCUCACCUCAGAGUCCAGGACCUGAACAGGCUGUUUCAGUGACUGUCACCACCAACCAGGCCGCUCCCUCACCAGUGACAUCUAUCCAGGCAAAGGACAUCACGAGACACACCAUCUCACUGGCGUGGCAGCCGCCUGACAGAGCCAACGGGGUCAUCCUGGAGUAUGAGGUCAAAUACUACGAGAAGGACCAAAAUGAAAGGAGCUACAGAAUCAUCAAAACCUCAUCAAGGAACGCUGACAUCAAAGGCCUCACCCCCAUUACGUCCUACGUGUUCCACGUGCGUGCUCGCACGGCAGCCGGCUACGGGGACUUCAGUGGCCCGUUUGAGUUCCUGACCAACUCCACGCCGGCUCCUAUUAUUGGCGACGGAGCCAACUCCACCGUGCUACUUGUGUCGGUGGUGGGCAGCGUGGUCCUCCUCAUCAUCCUCAUCAGCGCUUUCAUCAUCAGCCGGCGAAGGAGUAAGUACAGCAAGGCCAAGCAGGAUUCAGACGAGGAGAAACACUUACACCAAGGAGUGAGGAUAUACGUUGACCCCUUCACAUAUGAGGACCCCAACCAAGCUGUCCGUGAGUUUGCCAAAGAGAUCGACGCAUCCUGUAUCAAAAUCGAGAAAGUCAUCGGCAUAGUCCUGCCAUGUGUUCCAGGCGAGUUUGGCGAGGUCUGCAGCGGCCGCUUGAAGAUGCCGGGGAAGAGAGAGAUCUGUGUGGCCAUCAAGACACUGAAGGCCGGAUACACAGACAAGCAGAGGAGGGAUUUCUUGUCUGAGGCCAGCAUUAUGGGCCAGUUUGACCACCCGAACAUCAUUCACCUCGAGGGUGUGGUCACCAAAUGUAAGCCCGUGAUGAUUAUCACAGAGUACAUGGAGAACGGAUCACUGGAUGCAUUCCUCAGGAAGAACGAUGGUCGCUUCACAGUUAUCCAGCUGGUUGGCAUCCUGCGUGGAAUCGCUUCGGGCAUGAAAUACCUGUCAGACAUGAGCUACGUCCAUCGCGACCUGGCGGCUCGUAACAUCUUAGUAAACAGCAACCUGGUGUGUAAGGUGUCAGAUUUCGGCAUGUCCCGCGUGCUGGAGGAUGAUCCUGAAGCUGCUUAUACCACCAGGGGAGGGAAGAUCCCCAUCCGCUGGACGGCCCCGGAGGCAAUCGCUUACAGGAAGUUUACCUCAGCCAGCGAUGUGUGGAGCUACGGCAUCGUCAUGUGGGAGGUGAUGUCAUAUGGCGAGCGGCCAUAUUGGGACAUGAGCAACCAAGAUGUGAUCAAAGCUAUCGAUGAGGGCUAUCGACUGCCCCCACCCAUGGACUGCCCCGUGGCGCUCCACCAGCUCAUGUUGGACUGCUGGCAGAGGGAGAGGGCGGACCGGCCUAAAUUUGGACAGAUUGUCAACAUGCUGGACAAGCUGAUCCGCAACCCAAACAGUCUGAAGAGGACUGGAGGAGAGGCCACUGUCAGGCCCAAUACAGCACUUCUGGAACCUGGCAGUCCAGAGGUGUCAUCAGCGGUGGGAACAGUGGAGGAGUGGCUGCAGGCCAUCGGAAUGGAGAGAUACAGUGACAACUUCACUGCUGCUGGCUAUACCACCCCAGACGCUGUGGUCCACAUGACACAGGAGGACAUGACUCGCAUAGGCAUCUCCUCAGCAGCGCACCAGAGCAAGAUACUGACCAGCGUCCAGGGAAUGCUGUCCCAAAUGCAACAGAUGCAAGGACGAAUGGUGCCCGUCUGAGCCAUUUGGACAAAUGAAAAUAAAAGGGAAGAAAAUGACUUCAUUUCUUAUGGGAAAAAGAAACAAAAAAGAUUAAAAAAAGUGACAAAAGACUAUAAAGACAAUUUACCUCAUCCAUGCACUUUAAAUUGGAUCUAAAAGAAGAUGUCCAUGAAGAAAAAAGUGGUAAAAAUGGCACUUUUGAAAUACAAAAUCAGACCUUUACUCUGCCCUUUUUUAUUUUGAAGAAAGCGAUGAUUCUGUGUGCAGCAUUUGUGAAUACCGUAGAAGGAAUGAUGGACGGAAAAGUGCUUCCGAGAGGCCAAUCUGGAGUGCCUUUACUGGACGGG